GAAGAAAAGAACGGAAGUUACGCAGAAGUUUGCUUCGGCAGUGAUAGUAAAUCAAAUGUAAAUGUGUAACUACUUAAACUGAACGAGGAUAUUAUAAACAAUGGGAAUAAAUUAACAAUGGAAGCACAAAGGUCUGAGACCACCACUCCUGGAAGAAAGUCUCAGUCUGUAGUGACUGGCAGUGCUAGGAAAGUGAAAGACAAUGCUGCAGACUGGCACAACCUGAUUUUGAAAUGGGACCGACUGAAUGAUGAAGGAUCAACCAUCGCGAAUAACAUAGUCAAUCUAGGAUUGAAUAAAGAUUCACAUGAAAAGAUGCAGGUCAUGAUGGAGAGUCGAGACACCUCUUCCACCUCUGUUCCAGAGAAUGCAAUUAGAAACAGUAGUGAACUUGAAGAGAUGUGUGACAACUUACUAAGUGUCGUAGACAAAAUGACUCACAUUGUAUCAAAAAUGCAGAAGUUGGUUUCCUCUGAGAAGGGAAUCAUUGAUCUUGAGACAUUCCAGUACGGAACAGGAGGAAGACAAUCUCCUUUGUUUCAGACCUGGCCUACGUCACAGUUUGCUGAUGUCUCCUCCAAGCUCUACGAAGCCUACAAUCAAGAACUGACACUGAAGCGGGACAUUCUUCAGGAACUAGCUCACACAACUAACCCAGAUCUAUCCAUGGUGUAUCUGUCCUGUUGGUUGUAUCAGCCUUAUGUAGACGACAGUGCGAAGCUACUUUUAGAGAGUCUUCUGUUAGAGACUGGGCAUAGACCAGUCUAAAUGUCAAUUUGUAAGUCAUUUUAAUGGGGUUCUGUUAUUUAUGGACUACUGUUAAAGGAACUGUGAAGCACUGAAUGAAGCAUGGCAAUGGAGCGGACUGAAAUAAAACAUUAGUUCUCACAUCCUUUUA